AUGUCGGGCUCAGAGCCCUUGGUGCGAAAGACGAGCGGAAGAAAGCAGAGCAGGACAUGGUGGACGGUGCUGCAAGAGCAAAUGCCAAUCCUUUUCUGGCUUCCACGAUAUCCAAAAGAGAACCUGUCGGCAGAUCUGGCUGGUGCCAUGACAUUGGGUUGCAUCCUGAUAGGUCAGUCGCUGGCUCAUGCCAACUUGUGCAUGGUUGAUUUGAUCAAUGGACCAUACAGUUGCAUGCUGCCUCCCAUGGUCUAUGCCAUUUUUGGUACCUGUGUCCAUGCAUCGGUUGGAACUGGUGGACUUGUGAGCCUUUUGACUGGCGAGGUGCUGGCGGACCAAGGGGACCUGGCAGAACGCACUCAAAAGGCAGCCAUCCUCACAGCCUUGGUUGGUAUCAUUAUGUCCAUCAUGGGACUUCUGCAGUUGUCAUUCCUAGUCCGCUUUCUUUCGCGGCCUGCAUUGAGCGGCUUCAUCACAGCGAGCGCUUUGCUGAUCAUUCUUUCUCAGGUGGCCCCAAUGCUGGGCCUGCCCAGCUGGGCCAGCAAAGGCGGCAUCGUGAAUGUCGUGAAGCAUCAUAUCAAGUAUUUGGAGCUGCUGGACCCAGCAACAACCGCUCUGAGUCUUGUGGCUGUCAUUUUUUCUGAUGAACGCCAAGAUUCUAAAGAAGGCAGGCUGGGCGGGCGUUUCUCACAAGGAUUGAUUAGAUGCUUGCAGUUGUCCUCAGUCCUCCAGAAAAAAUGUUCCCAUACUCAAAUCGUUUUAUAG